AUGGACAACAUAAAGGCAGACUCUAAAGCGCUUGCACGAAUAUUGAAGGCCGAGAAGAAAGAGUGUAAAUGUUCAGACUCGCCAACACAUGACUGGACCGAGAAUUUUUACACUAGAAUCAAGUUUGCCUUCUCGGAAUCGCGCCUUGAGCAGCGCUAUAUAGUUUUGAGAGAUUUGGUAGCAGAUGUGAAGGCUUAUUGCUUGCCUCAUCCCCUGACUGAGGGAUCGGUUGGAAAGGUACGAGGCUCUACCCUUGGAACUCACUUGAACAAGAUCCAAGAUCUUCGAAAUACGGGAGAAGCGUCUCAAGGAGUAUACUCUGCGCUUACGAAGGCUUGCGAUAAGCAUAUAAAGCAUCAGGCACACUUCUGCGUCGAGGUCCAAACUCCUGAUGCGGCAUCUUUCGAGGUAGAAUUUACGUUAGCGUUCACAAGUGGAAAUACUCAUCAUCUGCCUCAAUGGAUAGUCAUACGCACAGCAUUGAACAAUUUGGUACGGCCUGGUGAAGCGGCGUUCCAAUGUAGCGAGAUAAAUGGAAAUCAGAAGCGCCGACUGGGGAACACAGGUGAUGAAUCGGACCCUGAAAGUCAGAGGAAGAAAAAGAAAAAGGGGAAGCAAGUGAGACUCCGAUUGGGAACAGCCGCCGCUUGCUCGAACUGUACACUGCCUGUGCCAAUAGGGCAAAAGACGUACGAAAUCAUUGCCAAAGGCAAUCUCUGCGAUCUAAUGCGCUCAUGGCAUCAAAGUUCCGACGAUGUAUCUUCUACCACUUUCGUAUUGGCCGAUAUCUGUGGUCAAAAAACAUUCCUAAACCCCGGAAAGCCCCCUUCGCACCAUCGGAGUUUGAAACCAAUGUCAUUACGUGAGGUCAUCGCGUUGAUCGCUCAGGGAGAUCAUCGAAGGCUCUUUACCGUAAAUCAAAGACUGAAAUUAGCUCGUACCAUAUCAUUAGCAUUCUUGAGAUACUAUCCAACGUCAUGGGGCCAUGCGUGUUGGGAAAGCAACAAUAUCAGCUUCUUCGAUGUCAACGAGACAACGCCUGAACAACCAAUUCAGCUUACUUCCCCACACCUUCAAACCACAAUCUGUGAAUCGGAUGCCGUCUCUAAACCAGAUCUAGGGUCUACCCCUGAACUCAGCGGCGUACGAAAUUCAUCACUUUUCAAACUUGCGCUCUUGUAUCUUGAGAUAGCGUACUCCCAGAGUUGGGAGACACUAAUACGAGACAAUUAUAGCCGUCAUAAUCCACAUGGCGACUACACUGAGUAUGAUCUAGCGAUGAGGCUUGCCAAAGGUACAGAUAGUGGAAUGCCUGUUCGAUUCCAUAAGAUCAUCGAGCAACUGAUCGCGUGCGAUUUCGCCCAAGGCUUUGACCUUGUGAGCGAAGACCUGCAAGCAGCUGUUCACCGUGAUGUCACAAGCCAAUUGGAGGAGCUCGAAGAGAGCCUACGGAGGCUUGAUUUAGACGAGUGA